CCAGGAUCUUGUAAAUAUGUUCGGCUCAUUUAAAGACAAAAGGCAAUUCUAGAAUCUACUGCAUAUCAUGCAGGGUUUAAAGAUGUUUCCAUGGUCAGCAACAUUUAGUCUGGAACCCCAGCGUCUUAAUCAGCGCUCGCCUGCGGAGAUGGUGACCCAUACACUCAUGCAAGAGCUAGGCUCUUUGCUGAAGCACACCGAGCAUUUCUGUCAGGUGAGGGCAGCCGAGAUUCGCAGACGCAACUCCUGUGUGGACUACAGCUGGCUGGCAGCGACCCCGCAGAAGCCGUCAUAUGAGAUCAUGCCUGGAGAGCUUCUAGAGCUUCAGGAACUUUGUUUAAAGAUCCCUCCCUCUCAGUGUGGCCCUAUCAUUCUCAGAGUAAGGAAACUGGUGAGAGAGUUGGAACCAGAGGUGACAGAGGUGCCGCAACUCUUCCGCCUGGUGCUGUGCGACUGUCUGGAUGAGCAGCAUGAAGACUUAACAUUCAGGGAAAGAUCUCUGCGGGCUCGAGCAAUUUUCUGGAGCCAACAUCGUAGUAAGAGCGCAUUCUCUAUUGGCCUGUCCUCACACCAGUUCCUCAAAAAACACUGGAGCAGAGGAUCAGCAGGGAAGAACAUAGAAACGCUGUGUAAGGAGGAUGAAGCCUGGGACAAGGAUGAAGAAAACGGAACGGUGGUCCCACUGCGCCGGAAAGUCAGGAGCAUGCCUGAUUUUAGUUCCACAGAAGAGAGUACACAAACCUGA